CCCCUGAACACCCUUUCAGCAUGAACUGCAUGUCAGAUUUCUUUACCUACGAGACCACCAAGUCGGUGGUUGUGAAGAGCUGGACCAUUGGAAUCAUCAACCGAGCAGUUCAGCUUCUGAUCAUCUCCUACUUUGUGGGGUGGGUUUUCUUGCAUGAGAAGGCGUACCAGGUACGGGACACAGCCAUUGAGUCCUCCGUGGUAACCAAGGUGAAGGGCUUCGGACGCUAUGCCAACAGAGUCAUGGACGUGUCUGAUUAUGUGACCCCACCCCAGGGCACCUCUGUCUUUGUCAUCAUCACCAAGAUGAUUGUUACUGAAAACCAGAUGCAAGGAUUCUGCCCAGAGAGUGAGGAGAAGUACCGCUGUGUGUCAGACAGCCAGUGCGGGCCCGAGCGCUUCCCAGGUGGCGGGCUCCUCACCGGGCGCUGUGUGAAUUACAGCUCUGAGCUGCGGACCUGUGAGAUCCAGGGCUGGUGCCCCACCGAGGUGGACACAGUGGAAAUGCCUGUCAUGAUGGAAGCUGAGAACUUCACUAUUUUCAUCAAGAACAGCAUCCGGUUCCCCCUCUUCAACUUUGAGAAGGGAAACCUCCUUCCCAAUCUGACUGCUGCCGACAUGAAGACCUGUCGCUUCCACCCCGACGAGGCCCCUUUCUGCCCCAUCUUGCGGGUGGGGGAUGUGGUCAAGUUUGCGGGGCAGGAUUUUGCCAAGCUGGCCAGGACGGGCGGAGUUCUGGGCAUUAAGAUCGGCUGGGUGUGCGACUUGGACAAGGCCUGGGACCAGUGCAUCCCCAAAUACUCCUUCACCAGGCUCGACAGCGUUUCUGAGAAGAGCAGUGUCUCCCCAGGCUACAACUUCAGGUUUGCCAAGUACUACAAGAUGGAGAAUGGCAGCGAGUACCGCACACUCCUCAAGGCUUUUGGCAUCCGCUUCGACGUGCUGGUGUACGGGAACGCUGGCAAGUUCAACAUCAUCCCCACCAUCAUCAGCUCUGUGGCAGCCUUCACCUCUGUGGGAGUGUCUCAAGGUUCAGUGCAGCCCCACAUCAUGCUCAUGAUGGGUUUUGCCGCCGUUUGA